AACUUAUUAUUUGUCUUCAGCCAGAACAGGAGGCUAAGUUCUUCUCCCAGUUGGAGCUUGAGGAGUGGUGCCAGGAGGAGUCCAAAUUCACAGAUACUCUUAAGACUUACAUUAGAAGACAGUUCAGGGAGGGAGUGAGGGAAGUCGCUAGUGCUGGUGAUACCUCAGAGUACUGCCUUUUGGAUGUUGAGAACCUAGAUCUGCAGCUUGUGCGGGGUGCAGGAACUGCUGAGUACGCACAAAAUGUACAAGAGUUGAAUAUACUCAAUAAAUUAUUACAGCAGACUGAAGAAUGGAGAUUGGAAGGCUUACUGCUUCAAGCUCGAAGACGAGCAGAGGUUGAAGAGGCUAACAGACUGCUGGGAGCAGUCCACAGAAUGCAGUUACCAUCUGCUAUACAACUACUUCAGCAGCAAGCUAGAGAGGCUAGUGAAUCCCUCAUGAUUGUAGAACAAGAAAGAAGACAACAACGUCAAGUUAUGCAGUCUCUAAUAACAGAGGUAGCACAGCUGGAGAACACAAGAACUAUUUCAGGAAACUAUCAGCUUAAAUGCCAGAGGCAAGAAUAUUUUCUUGAUAAACAGAGGAGUGUGAUGGAACAGCUAGUGUCACAAGUGGCCAGAUACAACUGGAUCAACAUUGCCCUGGAUAUAGAGAGAGGGAAGAUCACUGGCAUCCUGGAAGUUCUGAGCAGUAUCAAUUCUCUCAUUACUCAGAGAAAUGCUAGCCAUAAGGAAAGAAUGAGUUACUUGGAAGCUAUGACCAAGGAACAUGAAGAACAGAAGGAAGUAGGUCAACUUCCCCUCCCUCUGGUAACCCUCUCUCAGAUCUUGCCCACUGUUGCCAAGUCACAGGAUGGUGUCAUAACUGGAAAAAUCUUACAAAAGCAGAUAGAUAUGCUGCAGAAAACCCUCAACACAGCUAGAGAACAUGUCUGCAUUGCAAGGAAUCCACAGUUUUCACGGCUCAACAGAAUGACAAUGAAUUGUGCUGUACUGGAGACUAGCCUCUUUGGCAAUCCAGGAAGUCUUGGUGCCUUGCCUGUAACUUGGCUGGAAACAGAACUAGUAGAAUGCUACACUGCCUUGGAUCAAGAAGCAUGGAAGUUCAAACAAAAGUUUAUCAAGUUAAUUAUAAAACAUGAGGAAAAGAAGAAGAUACUUCAGAUUGAGCCGACAGUGCGUGAAGAUUUCAUGAAGUGGACUUGCAGCGUAAUUCAGGCCUUGACAUGAUUGUACUUCAUCAGUGUUAUAAAAAAAGAUAUAUAUAUAAACAGUAUUGCUCCUUGGGCAAAAUGUUUUCUUUGUUUAUGAUUAUACAUUUUGAAAAUGUUUAAAGGAAUUUAAAUUGUAUGCCUGUACAUUGUAUGAAAAGUUCUAACUGAGGAUAUGAAAUUAAUUUAUACAGUAAAGUUUUGCUCUUUGUUUUACAGUGAAUUGACAUAUGUUUCAAUUUAUCACAAUUUAAUUUUUAUGGCAAAAAUAUUCAGAUAUUAUAAAGUGUUUAAUAUUUUACAAUGUAUCAUCAGAAAAACAUCACUUGAUGCAUUUCCAUGAGAGAUAGAACACUCCACACAUCUCAAUAAAUCACUCAUCGCCACAACUCAAGUACUGUACUGUACUAUAAUUCUUUUGUGUACUGUACACAUAUUUCUGGAAUACGGCAGUCGAGUGAUACAGUGCUCACCUCCUGUUCCAAGGGUCAGUGAUUCAAUUCCAGGGCACUCCCUGUUCACCCAGCUGUAAAUGGGUAUCUAAGUUUGCAACUUGGGGAAGUGAAUGUGGUUGUGAGCAGUACAGGCCUCCUUGUGUGCUGAAGACUUAGCAUUUCCGGGUAAUGAGAUGACUCUUAAUGUCGGAAAAAAAUCCCUCAUUCCGGGAAUUUUCCGGGUAACGGAAAAAUUUUCUCAUAAGUUCAAGAAAUUUUGUAUUACAUCGUCUCUCAAACCCGGAAAGAAAUCUAACCCCAGAAUUUUUCCCGGUACCUAUAUUUUCCAAAAUGAUACAUUUUUGUUCAAUCCAGAAUGCGACGCCUAGCUUAUACCUAGGUAUGUUAAUGCCUAGCAAUAACUCGCCCGGCCAACAUACAGGCAAUUAAAACAUCUGAUAAUUACUUUAAGUAAUAUUAGGAGGACACGUCGCUAGCUGUCAUUUAAUUGCAACUCUCAAAACCCCCUCCCUCACCCUCCAUCACACGCACUGCCACCGUCAUCUUCUUGCCUGGCGGAUCAGCUGUAAAUACACACAAAGAAGGCUCCGCUAAUUUGUGUUGUAAUAGCUGA